CUCAGGGCCACAUGAUCAGAUACUGAGGGCUAUGCUCUUUGGAUGAGCUGCAGCCGAUGUGUCUGGAUGCGGAUUAUACAGUGUUACAAGGAUCCAAAGUCUCCUCAUAAUGGUCCUUUCCUUGACCAAUUCAUUGGAUAAGAGCAGAAAGAAGAUGUCCAAGAGUAUAUUACACCUCACGCUGGAGAUAAUCUACCUACUAACUGGAGAGGAUUACACAUUAGUGAAGAACACGUCUACAUCUGGUGAACGUGCCAGAUCCAAUUGCCUUCCCUAUGUGUCAGUAGAAUGGAGCAGGAGCCAAAGCCCAAUUUUAAUGACUGCAAAUGAUCCCCUCAUGCACAUGAAGAGCAAUGAGCAGAAGAUCCUAGAACUCGCCAACAAGAUCAUAGAACUGCUGACUGGAGAGGUUACUAUAAGGUGUCAGGAUGUUGCUGUCUAUUUAUCUAUGGAAGAGCUGCAGUAUUUAGAAGAACACAAGAAUCUGUACAAGGACAUAAUGGUGGAGAAUCACCAGACCAACAUGUCACCAGUUGGAUCUAAUAAGAAAAAUACAACAGAGAGAUGUCCCAGUCCUCUAUAUUCGCAAGAUUGUCUGAAGAAAAAUUAUGUGGCACUAGAUCACCAAGUAGAGGAUGAAGAUCUGAAUAGUAUUAAGGUCGAAGUUAUAGAAGGAGAAGAAGACCUUUAUAUGAAGGAAGAGGAGAUUGCUGUAGAUAUCUGCCCAGAUGACUGUGGCAAACUCUCAGAGGGACAACACUUUUUUCCAUAUUAUGAAGCAGAACCUAAAGGUUUCCUUCAUCAUACUUCUUCUGACACUUCAAAUAUACUCUCAGUCCUUUCCAGAAAACAAUUGUCAUCUGAUUUACCUAACCAUGUGGAAACUUUACUUGAUCAAUCACAGACUGGAACACAAAGUAAAGCACAUAAAGAGGAUGAGAUGGAUGCCGCGAGAUUGAGAAGUGGGGCGUACCCGUUUUAAGAAUACUAUGUCCACAUGCCUUUGUUCAUUAUACAUGAUUGUUAGUAUCUCUGCUUUAAUUUCCAAGUUGUGCCAAAAAAGUAAUUGUUUUUAGCCUCUGUUUCUCUAUAUUGUGUGUCUUUGACUACGGGUGGUGCUUGGAGGGUUCUGGUGGGCUCUCUAUAUAGUGACCAUGGCGUACCCCGUCGUGGUCACCGUCAUACUACGCCCACAUUGGGUGUGGGUUUGUGUCUCUAACGAGUCGCACCCUCCCCUGCCUCCGAUAUAUCCACACCACAGAAUGCGGAAUUCUCUCCGCGAAGCGCUGUCCUGUCUAUCUUUACAUGGUCAUGCGCACACACAGUAUUGGGAGGCUUUUACCUAUUGCAAAAUGGCCAAAUGAGCGGCCCAGCAGUGAUGCACAUGUUCCCGCAACGUCUUGUGAGGACGUCAUACCGUGAUCAUGGCGCCUGCGCAGUGUUUCCAUCGGAACGCCGAAUUCGGCGAGGUUUGGCAUGUGUGACACAGAGGACAACUUUGGGUAUGUCAUCGCUCCCUCCUGGUAGCAUCACAUCAUAUCGCUCCUCCCACAUUGUUGAUGAUGUGCACCUGUAUUCACUUGUCGAUUAUUGCUCUGUAUGGUAUAAUGUCUCUGCCUCAUAUUGUACACAUGAUAUAAUAUUACAGCGGGUUGCCGCAUAUGAGCGGUGCACAUGUAUGUUUUUAUGAAUUGUUUAUGCACUAUUUGCACUUUAUUUUGCACUUUAUUGUUGAUUGAUUCCAUUGUGAUGUAAUAGGGGUUGGACUAUAUAUACCCCAUGAUACACUGUGUUCAUUGCUUGAAAAAGGCUCUUGUAUGAGCUGAAACUUUGCCUUCCACAUGGGUGAAUAAACACCAGUGCUGUCUGUUUUUCAUCUCUAUCCAUUUGGGGUAAGCAGCUCUAUCCCUGGACCUAGCACCCGCCAGUAUUUUGUUCCAGUGCCGCCAUAAUUUUCUUCUUUUUUCUAUAUUUAUAUAUAUAUAUAUAUAUAUAUAUAUAUAUAUAUACUGUAUUACUCUUUUCUGUCCACAAGAUCUGCAAACCAGAUGUGUGAGCCUCAUGUGCAUUUCUUUGUCUUAAGGUUACUGGGGGAGGGGGAGUUAGGUUGCCAUUUUUGAAUGUGCCAAUGAAACUCAGGGAUAAAGUUGGCAAACUACACCCAUUUUGUCAAGAAGCCAAUAGUCUUUUCUUAAGGAACACCCCU